CCUCCUCCUCCUCCUGUCUCACUGUCUCCUCCUCCUCCUGUCUCAGUGUCUCCUCCUCCUCCUACUCCUGUCUCAGUGUCUCCUCCUCCUCAUCCUCCUGUCUCAGUGUCUCCUCCUCCUCCUGUCUCAGUAUCUCCUCCUCCUGUUUCAGUAGCUCCUCCUCCUCCUCCUGUCUCAGUAUCUCCUACUACUCCUGUCUCACUGUCUCCUCCUCCUCCUGUCUCAGUGUCUCCUCCUCUUCCUCCUCCUGUCUCAGUGUCUCCUCCUCCUCCUGUCUCAGUAGCUCCUCAUCCUGUCUCAUUAGCUCCUCCUGUCUCAGUGUCUCCUCCUCCUCCUGUCUCAGUCUCUCCUCUUCCUCCUCCUGUCUCAGUGUCUCCUCCUCCUGUCUCAGUGUCUCCUCCUCCUCCUGUUUCAGUAGCUCCUCGUCCUCCUCCUGUCUCAGUGUCUCCUCCUCCUCCUCCUGCCUCAGUGUCUCCUCCUCCUGUCUCAGUAGCUCCUUCUCCUCCU